CAGCUGCUUAAUGUCAUAGAAGAACUUGGUCACGAGGUUCGACCUACCUAUGCUGGCAGUCGUACUUCUGCUGAAAAAAUCAAGCGUGAUUAAUAAUUCAGCUAUGUUCCAUACAUUGGAUAAUUUUGAUACCGAAUUCUCUGCCGACUCUAUUGAAUGGUGUCCAAUAGAUCCUUUCAAAGAUACAUUUGUGUGUGGAACAUAUCAGUUAAUGAAAGAUGGCGAAUUAAAGUCUGAUGAAUCAAUAUCAUCAAAACGUUUAGGAAGAAUCUAUAUGUUUCAAGUUAAGACCACUGGAUGUUUAGAAUUAUUACAACAGCUAGAAGUACCUGCUGUAUUAGACAUGAAAUGGGCACAUGUUACGUGUCAGACUAAAAUUUUUCUUGGUGUUGUAAAUUCCUUAGGAUACCUGCAGAUUUAUGAACUUAAAAACGAUAAGGAGAAGGUUUUACAGUUAUUAAUAGAAGAAAAAGUAGCAAAUGAAAAUGAAGUUCUUGCAUUAUCUUUAGAUUGGUGUACAGGAAGAUUUACAAACAAUAAUGAAUUAGUUCCAAAAAUAGUAGUUAGCGAUUCUAAAGGUUUUAUAUCAUUAUUUCAAAUAAUUGAAAACAAACUAAAUAAAAUUAAUUCAUGGCCUGCACACGAAUUUGAAGCUUGGAUUACAGCUUUUGAUUACUGGGACACAAAUGUGAUAUAUACUGGCGGUGAUGACUGUAAAUUUCAACGUUUUGAUACAAGAAUAGGAUAUUAUCCUUCUACUUCAAACAGAGUUCAUGGUACUGGAGUUACAAGCCUUCAUAGUAAUGCAACAAAGGAAUAUUUGUUAUCAAGUGGAAGUUACGAUGAAAUCCUAAGAUUAUGGGAUACAAGAAACUUGAAACGACCUAUUUCGGAAAUUAAUCUUGGCGGGGGUAUCUGGCGUUUAAAAUGGGAUCCUUUUGUACAAAAAUAUUUACUCGCAGCAUGUAUGUACGGUGGAUUUAGAAUAGUCGACUGUGAAAAAUCAGAAUCUCCGUCCAUUAUUGGCGAGUACAACGAGCAUAAAAGCAUAGCAUACGGAUGCGAUUGGUGUUUUUUAAAUAGCAAGAAAAUUGGAGAACAAAUAAUUGAAACAGAAGCUAAAAACAUUUAUUUAAUUGGUACGUGUUCCUUCUAUGAUCAUGCUUUAAAAUUAUGUUCAUUCCAUUUGGAGGAGGAUUAAAGGAAUUCUUAAUAAAUGGAAACAAUUAAAA